AUGGACCUUCGAGAAAGUAUGGUACCAGAUAUGAUCCAAAGGGAUGACAGAUCAAAGUGGUUAUCACAUAGCAAUCAUAACAUAAAAUCCUUCACAGAGGAUGAGAUAAGAAGAAUUACCAGCAACUAUGAAACUAUCAUUGGAAAAGGCGGCUUCGAAGAAGUUUGCAAAGGUGUUCUCCAAGAUGGAAGAACAGUUGCAGUCAAGAGAUUUAUCCGUAAUGAAGAGGAAAAUUUUGCCAAAGAGCUGAAAGUCCACUGUGAAAUCAACCACAAGAAUGUAGUUAGGCUCAUAGGCUACUGUGCCGAGGAAAAUGCCCUAAUGAUUGUCAGUGAGUACAUAUCCAAAGGGAAUCUCAGCGAUGUUCUUCAUCAUGAAUGCAUUCCCAUCACGUUGGAUACACGACUGCGGAUCGCGGUGGAGUGUUCAGAGGCACUGUGUUACAUGCAUUCACAAAUGUAUACUCAGGUCAUUCAUGGUGAUAUCAAGCCUGCCAAUAUACUAUUAGAUGACAACUUCAAUGCAAAAGUAUCCGACUUUGGAAUAUCAAGACUUGUGAACACAGACUCGACCCUUUUCACUGAUCGUGUAAUAGGGAGCAUAGGUUACACGGACCCUUUGUUUGCCCGCAGCGGGCAUCUCACCUAG